CAUAAAGGGCUAUACAAAUAGUUGCAUUGGAUAUUCAGUUUCAUGUUGUGUGCUUCUGCCCGAGUGCAGUCACUGACCCAAUCAGCCCACGAAGGAAAUGCGUCAUUAAGUCUGUGUGAGCGGAACAGUCGUGGGUGGGUCCUUGUGCUCAGGUGGGGUGGGUGGCGGAAGACACAUCGACAUGAUAAGAGAUGAACACUGGUUGACAUAUUUACAAGAUGGGUGUCUAACAUAGUUUCUUAUUUCGUUUCCCAGCGACGAGAUUUCGGAACCCGGAAGUUAUCAGCUUUGUCGCUGUCAAUACAGUAACAGUUUCUAAAGGACUCGUGUAGCAUACGCAAGACUCAUGGUUGCCGAACAGGUCCCCGUAAUCGACAUGGAGGUCGCAGCACCUUCAGCUGUCCUGGUCGACAUUCAUGGCUUUGAAGACAAUGUUGACGUCAUCAACAAAAUGGCGAAGCACCUACGCGUAAUCGAGAAUGUGAGUAGUCACGUAUACGUAUACUUUCUGACGUCGACGGAGACGCCGGUCGUGCCAGGAAACGCCCUGACCGGCGCCAGCAUGACAACGUCCAAGGUUGUAGGUGAAGGUCGCGUAAACUGCUUUUACGACGCCAAGAGAAACCUGGACAAUGCAGAUGUAGUUAACGUGUGCGUCUUGUGUUGCGACCCCUAUGAAGAGUAUUGGAAGACCGUGUGCGGAGCCAUGUUCACGCCAGUUCACACAUGGCGGAUUGAAACAACGCCGUGUGACGUCACGGCCUUGGUGGACUCGAAGUCGGCGUUACCUGACCUCCGGAAUAUGCUCAUAACCCUGCCGUCAAUAGGAGAGAUAAAUGUAUUGAGAACAACUCUCAUACCAAGUCACAAGUUUAACCAUGGUUAUUCCACACGCUCUGGCGGGAUCACCAGCAUACCGAGCCUGUCGUCCAUGAACUUGCUGUACACGACGCGCAAACGCGACUCACGUCUGACCGUGACGGAGAAUGUACGACGCUUGGCCAAAACUGCCCUGUUCGAUCCGGAUCAGUUCCUCAUUACGCGGACCGACCACGGGAACAAGGUGUGGGUGGUUGGAACGGAAGAGCCAGAGAAGUACGACGCCAUUGUCACCGACAAGCCUGGUUUGACGGUGGCCGCGGCAGGAGCUGACUGCACCCCUCUUCUCUUUGUGGAUCCAGUGAAACGCGUGUGCGGCGCAGCGCACGCUGGGUAUAUGGGUACACUGAAACGGGUGGUCGUUCAGACGGUGAACGCUCUUGUAGAAGAGUUCGGAAGUAAUGUGGAGGAUAUUUUGGUUACCAUGGGACCGACGUUAUGCGCGGACUGCUUCUCGUUUGACAGCAUGGAUCCUGCAGUAGAAGAGUUCCUGGCUAUUGACCAAACCACUGUGGAUUUCAGGGUGAAUGGUGAAGGUACUCGGGUACACGCAGGUCUCGUGACUACCAACACACUCCUCUUGGAAAGGAUUGGCAUCAAACCAAACAAUAUAGACACGACCCGAGCCACCUGCACAGCCUGCGACCCCGACAGGUUCUUUUCUUAUCAGAGAGACAAUUUCCCGUUUGGGAACCAAGUUGGCUUUGUGAACAUUAGAUAAAGUGAUAGCCAUUGUUGCGUCCUCUGCAAGAUAUGACAUUCCGUUUGGUCUACGGGUCUCUGCUAGAGCGUAUAACAUUUUUUUCGAUUUUGUCUAUGGGUCUAUGCAGGAACAUAUGACAUUCCGUUUGGUUUAUGUGUUUCUGCAGGAACGUAUAGCAUUCCGUUUGGUCUAUGGGUCUCUGUAGGAACGUAUGACAUUCCGUUUGAUCUAUGUGUUUCUGCAGGAACAAUGACAUUCCGUUUGAUCUAUGUGUUUCUGCAGGAACGUAUAGCAUUCCGUUUAAUCUACGGGUCUCUGCAAGAACGUAUAGCAUUCCGUUUGGUCUACGGGUCUCUGCAGGAUCGUAUAGCAUUCCGUUUGGUCUAUGGGUCUCUGUAGGAACGUAUAGCAUUCCGUUUGGUCUAUGGGUCUCUGCAGGAACGUAUAGCAUUCCGUUUGAUCUAUGUGUUUCUGCAGGAACGUAUAGCAUUCCGUUUGAUCUAUGUGUUUCUGCAGGAACGUAUAGCAUUCCGUUUGGUCUACGGGUCUCUGCAGGAACUAUGACAAUCCGUUGGGUCAACGGGUCUCGGCAGGAACGUAUAACACUACGUUUGGUCUAUGUGUCUCUGCAGGAUGUAAUACAUUAAGUGUGCCUGUGUACAUUGGCCCACGGUUCUCACCGGAACCAGGGGUAUGAUACACCUAUGUGCCUGCAGACAGACGUUGAUCUAUGGGUCUCCACACCGAGAUAUGAUAUAACGGUUGAUCAAUACGGGGUUACGAUAUAUUUAGUGUGGACAUAAUAUUUUUUCGUUCACACACACACACCAUACAUCCCAGCAUAUGGUUGGUUCCCUAAGUCUGGUAGGCUUUAUAUAUGGCACUGCAUAUCUCUAUGCCAGUGUUAAAUCUAUUGUCUCUGCAAGGACCCUUCUCGUUGCGUAACUGAUGGUGUAUUAUAUUACGUUGGUCUGUCGGUUUGUGCAGGAACAUAUGGCAUUGUAUUCAACGGACAGGUCCCUGCAGAGAUACAUGACCUACAUUAGGUCCACCUUUUGCUCUCUACUACUGAUUAACUGUGGUGGUUGUGACUUAGUGUGAUUACUCUCAGUGCUUUGAUAAUUCAUGUUUGUUCUUCUACUUUACCUCAUUUAUGAUCAGAUUUUUACAUUAUCCUUGUGAUUUUAUCCAUUGAUUACGCUCGUCUCGGCUUGUUUCACUUGACGUUAUAGUGCUUUCCUGGGCUUGUCACUCCGAAUCCUCUCUCAAAUUCAUAUAAUUUAUCGGGAGUUAUCGCCCCUCGCGAUAUGCGCGUCGUAUCUCGAGAAGAUUAAAUGGCGGUGUCAUUCAAAUUAUACACCUUAAUUCGGGCUACAGUAUUACUCGGGUAAACCAUGAUAUGCUCUUACAUAGUUUGAACAGCAUUACCUAAGUAAGCUGCAGUUGCAACCUAAAACAUACAAACGUAGGUUAAUACUUACUUUUGCAAAAGGCAAAGGGGUUUAUGAUUACAUAUUAAGACAACUGUGGAGUUGAAUGAUGAAACGUGUCUCUGCCAUGUGUGCCGAGCGUGGUUAUAUCAUGGGGAACUAUGUUACGUGUACGUCGAGUAUCCGAUAGUUAUAGCUUGGGGUCUAUGAAAUUAAUACGUCGAGUGUGUCAUGCGUGCUUUGGUUAUAACAUGGGGUCUAUGAAAUUAAUACGUCGAGUGUGUCAUGCAUGCUUUGGUUAUAACAUGGGGUCUAUGAAAUUAAUACGUCGAGUGUGUCAUGCGUGCUUUCGUUAUAACAUGGGGUCUAUGAAAUUAAUACGUCGAGUGUGUCAUGCGUGCUUUGGUUAUAACAUGGGAUCUAUGAAAUUAAUACGUCGAGUGUGUCAUGCGUGCUUUGGUUAUCACAUGGGGUCUAUGAAAUUAAUACGUCGAGUGUGUCAUGCGUGCUUUGGUUAUCACAUGGGGUCUAUGGUGUUACUACGUCAAGUGAAAUAAGCGUCAGAGUUGUGAUUGAUUCCACUAACAGCAUUCAUCAGCAGGUGUCUGGUGACAUAUAGUAGUCAGAUUUUAUUGACAUAUAAUCAGUGAUUUGUACAUUUAAUAACAGUUCCAGUCCUUGUAGUAUUAGAAAGGUGUGUUGGUCAUGCAUGUUUGUAUACACGCAAAGCUAUAGAAGCUUUACACUUAAUGAUAUCUAGCAUACAAAGGUCUCCUUUGCUCUUGAAUUUGUAUAUUCCCAAACUGUUUUCUCCGCCAUCAGCAUAUGUAAGCGAAAUCACCCAUUUCCACUAUUUACGUAUGUUCUCUAUUCAGAUACGGUCGCAUUAAGGGUUGGUAUAGGGUAAGGUUAUGAAAUAAGCGUAAGUACGUUGAAUAAGGGACGGACCUCUAACGAACAGGGCUCUAAUAUGGGCUGGGUUUCAAAGUCAUAAUGGCCUGGGCUUUUAUUAGAGGAAAGACGGUACUACUACACACCUCUUGGCAGUGAUACAGAGAUAUGAAGUCACUCUGCUCGUUAAGAUACACAUUAUAUGUAAUCAGUUUGAUGUAUCGCUGGGAACGGGAAUAUCUGUACUUAGGUGUCAUUAUAAAGUCAGUUCAUUCCACCAAGUUAUGAAUGCGUCAGCCUCUGCCAUGUCGAGAUACUGGUUUAUGUUGAACGUUGACUGGUUCAACAUGAAACGUGUUGGGUUCAAUUGUAUAGCUGUAACUGACCCUAUAAGUAUGGUUAUAAACGAAGUUAUGAGUGCGUCAGCCCUUGCAAUGUUGAGAUACUAGUUUAGGUUGAACGUUCAACAUGAAACGUGUUGGGUUCAAUUCCAAAGCUGUAACUGCUAAACAAAUACUGAACAUUGGACGUUCAAGCAAACAACUGAGCGUGUACAUAGAAAUAUCAGAAGUAUAAUGAGUGAGUAAGUGAGUUGGGUUUAACGCCGCUUUUAACAGUAUUACAGAUAUAUCACGGCGUGUCAGCUUAAUGUGGGAGGAAAGCCCGAAGUGAUGCAGGUCUCAGACGUUUACC